UCACACCGGCCAGGAGACACGGGAGCGCCGCUAUCUGACUAACCUGACAAGUAAAACAACCAGUUUCACUCGGCGGUCGGUGGACAGGAAAGUUUACAGGGAUUUUAACAUCACUUGGGAGCAUACGGAGCGUGUUGUCCCCCUUUUUCUUCCACGGAGUGUCCCACGCCAGGAGAGAAGAAGGUGGGUGAAGGUGUUUGUUUGGGACACCGAGGAAUGUUUAGCAGGGAAGCUAAUUAGCUAGCUAACGUUAGCGGCAGAUUAGCUCCCGUAAUUCAAGACACACGCCCAGAAACAGAGCUGUAGCUUGAUGUUAGGACUACAAACGUGAAUUUAACUCAAAGCUGUGCUCAGGAAGCCAUGCGGUGAGCUGUCUGGUGGACAGUCAGAGGCAUCAUGGCGGAGCUGCCGAUUGCCCCGGGCGAGGUCUACAUCGAGGUGGAGUACGACUAUGAGUACAAGGCCAAGGACCGCCUCAUCACCAUCCAACAGGGGGAAUGCUACAUGCUGGUCAAGAAAACCAACGAGGACUGGUGGCAGGUGAGGAAAGAAGAAGGGACUAAAGCGUUCUACGUACCCGCUCAGUAUGUCCGCGAAGUGCGUAAAGCCCUCAUGCCGCCUCCUAAACCUCUCCCACAUCCUCCUGCUCAUUCUGGCAACACGCCUCCACAAACUGGGGCCACACUCUGGGUAAAGCCAACCAGUCUGGAUCUGGGACCCCCUGACCGGUCCACUGAAAACCUUCACAGACGUGAUUCCAACUAUCAGCGCUCACCCUCCGCUCACACUGCCUCUUCUGGGCACUUCAGCCCCCCCAGUCAGCGCCGGGACAGUAACCACCAUCACCCUCCUACCACUCCCACCGACCACGACCGAGCCCUGGCUGACAUCCUUGUCCACGGUGGAGCCCCCCAGCCUGCUGAAAAAGGACGGUCCAGCACUCUACCCCGCACCAGAGCUCGAUCCCCAGACCUGGUCCGAGCCCCGCUGGACGUAGACAGCACCCAACACUGUGACUCUGCAGGGGAAGAGAGGCGCACCAACGACUCUGAGUCGGGAGACGAGCUGAGCAGCAGCUCCACUGAACAUCUCCAGACGGUGUCGUCAGGCCACGGCCGCUCCGAGUCGCCCGUCUACACAAACCUCCAGGAACUGAAGAUCACCCAGACCAACCUGCCCCCCUAUCCCUCCGGCUCCCCGAUCCACGUGCUGGGUGACUGGGAGACCUUCAAGGACCAGAAUGGCCGCCACUUCUACUACAACCGCUCCACCCAGGAGAGGACCUGGAAGCCGCCCCGAGCCCGGGACACCAGCACCGGGAGCUCCAGAGGGGAGAGCCACAGCACGGGAGAGAGCUCCGAGACUACUCCUCUCUCGCUCUCGCCGUCUUUCCUUCCCUUCCUCUCGCUCUCCAUCGGUCGCCUCCAGCCUCUGUCAUCCGAGGACACCUGCUUCAGUACCUACUCUAGCCAGUCAGACAGUCAGUAUGGCUCGCCGCCCCGCGGUUGGUCGGAGGAGAUGGACGAGCACGGCCACACGCUGUACGUCAGCUACUAUACUAAUGAGAAGUGGUUAAAACACGUUGACGAGCAGGGCAGACCGUAUUACUACAGUGCAGAUGGUUCAAGGUCAGAAUGGGAGCUGCCGAAGUACAACCACUCCCCUCCGCAGCUGCCUGGAGAACCUCCAAAGAGUCGCAGUCUGGACAGGAAACAAGUCGAGCCCAUCGUCCUGACCAAGUGGAGACACAGCGCCUACGUCCAAGAUCCCAACGACAAGCGGCUGUUAAAAACCAGGCGUUUCCGCUCAGGCUCUGCCCGCCUACACCCGUACAAACACCAAGACGCUCCUCUGGGCCUCAUGCCCCCCUCUCCCGACUCUGACUCCUGCCCUUCGUCUCCCAAGCCCCCCGCCUCUCCAUCUGAAAAGUGCGGCGUUCUGAAUGUGACAAAGAUCACCGAGCACGGCAAGAAAGUACGGAAGAACUGGACUUCUUCCUGGACCGUGCUCCAAGGAUCCACGCUGCUAUUUGCCAAAGGCCAAGGAGGCGGAACCAGCUGGUUUGGAGGCGGUCAGUCCAAACCAGAGUUCACUGUGGAUCUGAGGGGCGGCUCAGUGGAAUGGGCUUCUAAAGACAAAUCCAGCAAGAAGCAUGUUAUUGAGGUGAAGACUCGGCAGGGCACAGAGCUGCUGAUCCAGUCAGAAAACGACGGCGUUGUCAGCGACUGGUACCGAGCGCUGCAGGACACCAUCAGCACCCAUGCGUGGGAGUCUGAUGAGGCCAUUGAGGAGGACAUGCCAGAGUCGCCCGGUGCAGAGAAACAUGACAAGGAGAAAGAACACAGAGACUCAAAGAAAGGCAGAGCCAUGAAGACCUCCACCAGCAUGGACGCCUCCGACAACAAGAAGACCAGACACAAGCUGAAGAAGUUCCUGACCCGCCGCCCGACCCUGCAGGCCGUCAGAGACAAAGGAUACAUCAAAGAUCAGGUGUUCGGCUGCAGCCUGUCCAGUUUGUGUUACAGGGAGAAUGGCACAGUGCCAAUCUUUGUCAGGAUGUGCAUCGACCACGUGGAGAACAAUGGUCUGUGCAUAGACGGGCUGUACAGAGUCAGUGGGAACCUGGCUAUCAUACAAAAACUACGCUUUGCUGUCAAUCACGAUGAGAAGGUGAACCUGGUGGACGGGAAGUGGGAGGACAUCCAUGUGACCACUGGAGCUCUAAAGAUGUACUUCAGAGAGCUGCCGGAGCCGCUCUUCACCUACGCUCUCUUCCAUGACUUUAUCAGCGCCAUCAAGAAUCCAGACUACAAGCAGCGAGUUCAGUCCAUCAAAGAUCUGGUGAGACAGCUGCCCAAACCAAACCACGACACCAUGCAGGCUCUCUUCAAACACCUCAGGAAGGUGAUCGACUACGGUGAGGAAAACCGUAUGACCACCCAGAGCGUGGCCAUCGUGUUCGGCCCCACACUGCUGCGGCCUGAAACGGAAACCUGGAACAUUGCGGUCCACAUGGUCUACCAGAACCAGAUAGUGGAGCUAAUACUGCUGGAAUACGAAAACAUUUUCGGCAGGUAGAAAGAGACCCGAGGGAUGAGCCUCUUUUUGUUUCUCUCUCUCUGUCCCAACGCAGAGUGCUUCCUAACCCAGCGUGGCCCUGCCGUAAAACAGCCUUGCCUUGCCUGGCCCGGCCUGACUUGGCCUGGCCUGGCCUGGCUUGGCUUGGCUUGGCUUGGCUUGGCUUGGCUUGGCUUGGCUUGGCUUGGCUUGGCUUGGCUUGGCUUGGCUUGGCCUGGCCUGGCCUGGCCCGGCCUGGCUUGGCUUGGUCUAAGCCGGGCCCGGAGCAGCUUCUCUUCAUCUCAAACCAACCUGCGUUCACUGGCUUUUUCCACUUGUACAAACUCCGGACCAAAGCCACGCAAAUACGUCAUGAACCAAAACAUAUAUGUAACUAACUAGCGACCAAAAAAAAACAAAGUUUAGACUCUUUGCACUUUUCAGUAUCUUAUUUUCUCCUGCAGCUGCAUUUGUGCCACUUUACUGCAAAGGUGACAUCCUCCUGUCCCAACACUGGAUUUCUAAAACUAAAACACGGGCCCAACAAGCCUCGACUACUGCACAGACUGACUGAGACCAAAGCCGAAGAAUGGGCCUCAGUAGCCUCAGAGGAGGAGGCUUCAGUAUUGGAGGCUGGAGAAUGUACUGUACUGUAAAUCCUAUGACCUGUAAAGACUCACCACUCCUGUAUGAACCACACUGGGGAACCAACAGAAGAAACCAAACUGCUGAGCUCGGCUUUAGACACUAAGAGACUAAACAAGAAAAAGGGAUGAUAUGGAGGUCUUUUAUUUAGGAACUUUAUGUUGUUAAAGAACUUUUUCUGCCCUUUUUCAUACUGUUCUCUACAGAAACCCUGAGAGACAAGUGGGAGAAAAAUCUAGUGAUUUAUUCUGUAAGUCAGAUCUAGUUUGUUUUCUCUCCUGUGUUUAUGGCUUAAGAAAAAAAAUCAUUAGCCAGAAUACUCUUUCUGAGUUCCUAAAAACAUGUUUAAUUUGGGAAACAAGUAGAAAAAAAUUGAUCUGCCGUGAGAACUUUUUGUCUUAAGAGUGAAACUUGUAAUACCGUAUAUUUGUCUGUAAAGGGGAGACCACACACACGCAUCCACAGACUAUACAUCAAAUAUCUUGAGGUGAUAAGGACCAAUUUGCAAAUGACUGUCAGUUUUCAGUUUUCAGCCCAGAAUGUUUAACGUGUUAAAUAUUUCAAAUUAAAAACUAAGCAUUAAUCUUGACAGCACUAGUUUAAAAAAAAUAAAUACAAAAAUUUAGGAGAAAUGUGUGAACAUUGUCACAGUUUAUGGUGUUGCAUUUUGGUUCACUUGGAUUUUUCUCAGUGUGAAAAGAAAACAUUCCAGAGACCACCAACCAUAGAUGUGAAAACGACCUGAAAGAAAGCCACAAAUGCUUGUGUGCUGAUAUGAGUAUUACAAAAACAAAAAAACAUCUACUGCAAAAACUCCUUUUUUCACUUGGGAAAUACUAUAUCACCUGUUCUUAAGUUAUAAACACAGAAGAGAAAACAAAGGGGUUCAAACUUGAGAAAAGUAGAAACUUGUUGUUUUUUCCUCACUUUCCUCUCAAGGCUUCUGUAGUUCUUUAUUUCACUUGUACUUCCUUUUUAAUAUUUAGUUCUCCUUCUUCCUCUUUUCUAGCUGAAUAUAUCUCUCCUUCUUUUUCAUUCCUGUAAUCCUGAAAUACUGGACCGGGGUCCUCUGAACACAUAAAGAGGUUAUCACUCUGUAUUAUAUGUGCACGCCACCUUGUCCAUUUGGCUUCAAGAACAAAUCAACUCACAGCAGCCAGAACUUGAAACAAAAAACAAAACAGACGGUACUCAGCUGUGUCUUUCCUCCACUCGUGGAUAUUAAAUGUUCAGGCAAGCAGCCUUUAAACAUGACUCCAUUGAUAAACUGUACAGUGUUCAUGUGUGUGCAUGUUGGAUGAGGGUCGGGUGGAUGGAUGAAUGGAUUUAAUGACAAUAUAUUGUACAAACAGUGAAUAUAAGUAUGUAUGCCUGGAAUGUUAAAAAAAAAUAUGCUACGAGGGAGAAAUCACUAUUUUGUGAUCGUUGUAAGCAACAGAUGUGACGAGUAAGGUUAUGAAGUGGGUUACCUCUUUGUCAGGUAAAAGGAGGAUUGUUGAAUGUAACUUUGGAGAGAAACUGUUGGCUUCAUCAAACU